AUGAUCAAAAUGAGAGUCAUUAGUAAAUUAAAGCAUGUCCAAUAUGCAAACAAACUUUCGAUAAAAUUAUACUCACAGAUAAUCUACAAACAUAAUUCAAUGAUUAUUCUAUCAAUACUCUACUCUCCAUAAUUAUAGUGUAACCAUUCUCAUCUAAUUAUUUUCUAAAAAGAUUCAAAAGAUGUAUUCUUUACAGAUUCUUAAUUCAUCAAAAAUAAAAUUGAGAGCUUAAAAAAUUUUAAAUGUCCAUUUACAGAUUGUCAAUAUGAUUAAUAUAUUAACAACUUUAAUCUAUUAAAAUUACACUUAAAAGUAGAACAUUAGCCCUUCUAUUGGUAAUUUAUUCAAUUUUAUAUUCUUAGUGAUGUAUGUGAUGAACAAAAAACAUGUUUUUUAACCGAAUAAUAAUUAUACACAGAAUAUUAAGUUAGACAUCAUAUUAAUUAUGGGGAUAUUGAUGAAGAUUCAAAUAUUAUAUUUAAGCAUCCCUAUUGUAAAUUUUGCAAAAAUAUCUUUACAAUGAAGACAAGUUUAAAUAGCAUUUAAAUCUUGUUCAUAUUAAUUGUAGUUUAUGUGAAGAUAAAAAAUUCACUUUUUAUAAAGAUCAUUGAAGUUAGGAAAAAUAUCUUAAAUUAUCACAUUAUUUAUGUGAAGUAACAGAAUAUAAAUAAAUUUUGGUUGUUUUUAAAACAUUUGGAGAAUUNCUCCUAACCUUUUCCAACUGUUUAUUAUUAUUAACGGCAAGGAUUACAUUAUUAUUAAUAAUUCUAGUUACAUCCACCUAGGAAUAUAGAUUAUCAGGUAAUCUAUUAUGUUUGCAAUUAAUAAUUUGUGCUUAAAACUAUACUUUAAUAUGAAUUCUAUUUUCCUUUUUUAUGCCAAAAUUAAUAUGUUUCUGCUCUUUUUGUUCUAUUUUCAUUUUUCGUCUUCAAGUAAUCAAGACUUAUAGUACAUAUUCUUUUUAUGGAAGAGUUACUUAUUUCCUUUCUUCUACAAACGAUUCUUAUUGAAUUUAUGUGAAAUUACUCAUUUCUUCAAUAUUUAAUUCUUUAAUUAGUUAUGCAGAAUCUGAAGGUAUACUCUGUGUUUAAGAUGCUGAUAUUAUAGCAUUAAGUCAUUGCAAUCAUAAAACAUUCUGCUAUUAAUGUAUGAUCAAAAUGAGAGUCAUUAGUAAAUUAAAGCAUGUCCAAUAUGCAAACAAACUUUCGAUAAAAUUAUACUCACAGAUAAUCUACAAACAUAAUUCAAUGAUUAUUCUAUCAAUACUCUACUCUCCAUAAUUAUAGUGUAACCAUUCUCAUCUAAUUAUUUUCUAAAAAGAUUCAAAAGAUGUAUUCUUUACAGAUUCUUAAUUCAUCAAAAAUAAAAUUGAGAGCUUAAAAAAUUUUAAAUGUCCAUUUACAGAUUGUCAAUAUGAUUAAUAUAUUAACAACUUUAAUCUAUUAAAAUUACACUUAAAAGUAGAACAUUAGCCCUUCUAUUGGUAAUUUAUUCAAUUUUAUAUUCUUAGUGAUGUAUGUGAUGAACAAAAAACAUGUUUUUUAACCGAAUAAUAAUUAUACACAGAAUAUUAAGUUAGACAUCAUAUUAAUUAUGGGGAUAUUGAUGAAGAUUCAAAUAUUAUAUUUAAGCAUCCCUAUUGUAAAUUUUGCAAAAAUAUCUUUACAAUGAAGACAAGUUUAAAUAGCAUUUAAAUCUUGUUCAUAUUAAUUGUAGUUUAUGUGAAGAUAAAAAAUUCACUUUUUAUAAAGAUCAUUGAAGUUAGGAAAAAUAUCUUAAAUUAUCACAUUAUUUAUGUGAAGUAACAGAAUAUAAAUAAAUUUUGGUUGUUUUUAAAACAUUUGGAGAAUUAGAUUUACAGAAAUAAUAAAGUCAUUGUAAUGAUCCAAGAAUAAAAAAAAUAUCUAAUUUAAAUAUUUAACAAUUUGCAGGAUUUUAAGAAGAUUCAAAAUAAAAAAAAUAACUCAAUGAUAAAGAAGGAGAAGAUUUUACAGAUUAAUUCAUUUCACUUGAAAAAACCAAAUUAAGAGCUGUAAUGUAAAUUGAUGAACACAAAGAUAAAACUAUUGAUUUUAGAGAUUACAUUUAUAUGCAAAUCAUAAAUCAGUUCCAUUCUAUCUCUAUGUUAAUUUAAGCAUGAAGAUUUUGAGAGGUGA